AUGCAGAAGGAAAUUGAUGCCUUAACUGCUAACAAUACAUGGGUGUUAGUUCCUUUGCCUAAAGAGAAGAAACUCAUAGGGUGUAAAUGGGUAUUUAAAGUCAAGUUAAAAGCAGAUGGGACUGUUGAGAGGUUAAAGGCUAGACUGGUAGCAAAAGGUUUCACUCAAAAAUAUGGGAUAGACUAUUUGGAAACUUUCUCUCCUGUGGUCAAAAUGACUACUAAAAGGUGUAUUCUAUCUUUGGCAGCAAGUCAGUCUUGGAAAAUACAUCAAUUGGAUCUUAACAAUGCAUUUUUGCAUGGUGAACUCCAUGAAGAAGUGUACAUGAAGGUUCCUGAGGGAAUUAUCAAGGAUUUGGGAUUGCUGAAUUUCUUUUUAGGGAUUGAAAUUACUCAUCUUCCUGCUGGGAUUCUUAUGACACAGAAGAAGUUCACCAGAGAACUCUUGCAAGGAUGUCAAAUGGACAUUUCCAAUGUGGAUCUGACUCCUCUUCCUACUUAUCUCAAGCUGCAAGCAGAUGUUGGUGAAUUUUAUCAUGAUCCUGAGUUGUAUAGAAGUCUGGUGGGUAAAUUGAAUUUUUUGUCUCAUACAAGGCCUGAUAUUUCUUUCUCAGUUCAGACACUCAGUCAGUUUCUCAGUCAGUCUAGAACUCACCAUGCUACAACAUUAAAUCAUGUCCUGAGAUAUGUUGCUCAUACUCAAGGACAGGGUAUUUUACUCAGAGUUAUAGAUAAGCUUACUCUUUAA